UAAAUUAUAGUAUUCUGUGAAGAGUCCGUAUCAUUUCCAUCACUCUUUUUGGGAGUUUCAAAUUCGUUUUUUAUGCUAAUUUCAUCUUCAUAUGUAAGCAAAUUCACUAUUCCAUGCCCUUUUUUGUCAUUAUUUGCUAUAAGCUUACUAGCAGCCUCCAUAUUUUGCACAUCAAUCAGUUCGUGUGCAUUACGUUUUGGCGGUGUAAUGUUAUCACUUGUCUGACCUCUGAGAUCGUCAUCAUCCUCGUCACUGCACAAAUUUAUGACCUCUCGAUCGUUUUUAUGAGGAGUCACUUUAGGAGCCUUGGACGGAGUAACAGAUUUUCUUAAAGAUAGAUUACGUUUUUUACCAACUUUGGUUAGUUUAUGAUCACUAUUCAUGAUAGAUUUGCUCGGAAGUGGUGAAAUAACACUUGAUUUUGACUUGUUGAAAUACACAUCGAGCGAAAGUUGUUUACUCAUGUUGCUUCACAUUUAUGAACUUGAAUGAAUUACUUUACCACCAAGUAAUUGUCUAGCUAGAGACUGAGAAAAAGAGUAAUUAAAAACACGUUUCGGUUAGUAAAUAAAGUAAUCGGUAAACUGCGGUAAACAUAGCGCGUAAAACACACACAAACAGAUACUGACUGACAUUGACAGAACUUUGACAGUGACGUCUAUGUUUUUAAAAUUUUAAAUUACGGCUUGGAGAUAAUGAAUAUAAUCGUGUAAGUGACACUCCAUGGACGCGAAGAUAGUCCCCUUCUUUAAUCUAGAUGGCCACAUUAUUAAUAUAAUAAUUUCAUAAUUAUAAAGUGAAAUCAAUACAAUUUAUUUGAGAAUUUUGGAAGAAAAACUUCGAAUAAAAAUGUCCAAGGAAUAUAAAAGAUUUUCAGUUUGUCGAUUGAGUGAAAUGGGCCGAAGAACUAGCAAUAAAACUAAACCGGUUCGGACUUAUCAACCGACGUACCAAUUGAAUCCCAGAAAACGUUUUAGUGAAGAAAGAGUUCAAAAAAUACUAAAAGAACUGGUAGACACCGAGCUAGCGGAAGCCGAAUACAGUGAAAAGACUGUUCCUGAUUUAACACUCAGCUUAACAGAAACUGUACGAAACGCCAUAAAAGAAGAAAACUUUAACAGGUACCGGAUAAUAGUGGUGGUGACGAUCGGCCAGCAGCGGCAGCAAGGCGUGCAGAUGUUCCACUCGUUCCUGUGGGACCACGAGCGGGACAUGUUCGUGACCACCAACUUCGAGAACCCGCACAUAUUCGCGAACGUCGUCGUCUACGGUGUCUAUUUAGAUUGAUCAUGGUCCAAUAAAUCGUAACAGUAGGUAACUAUCGCGGCAUUAAUUUUAUU